GUAGCUGUAGUAUCUGUAGUAGGUGUAGUAGCUGUAGUAUCUGUAGUAGCUGUAGUAGGUGUAGUGCCUGUAGUAGGUGUAGUAGCUGUAGCACCUGUAGUACCUGUAGUACCUGUAGUACCUGUAGUAGCUGUAGUGUCUGUAGUAGGUGUAGUAGCUGUAGUACCUGUAGUACGUGUAGUACCUGUAGUACCUGUAGUAGCUGUAGUGUCUGUAGUAGGUGUAGUACCUGUAGUAUCUGUAGUAUCUGUAGUACCUGUAGCAGGUGUAGUACCUGUAGUAAUAGUAAUAGUAAUAGUAAUAAAUUGCUUUAUUUGCAUGACCGCAUCAUUUUACAGUAUUGCAAAAGCAUGUAUAUGACAAUCAAAAUAUAAAACAAAACAGCGCUAAUAAUAAUCUAGAAAAAUUCGGUUACAUUACUAACAAUGAAUCACGUAUUUUCAUGCAGGAGGAAACAAACUUCAUAACUAACUUAUUUACAUGAUGUUCCUUCGAAUUCAUUAUCAGUUUUAUGCUUUCUGGAGAUGAUUUCUUGUCAAAGUCAGGUAUUAUUCGAUUGAUUUGAUUAAUAAAUGCCUGUCUCUGUACUGAGUAUUUGUUACAUUGAAAGAGGAAAUGAAUCUCAUCUUCUACCUGAUUUGAGUUACAUAAAGGACAUAAUCUAUUUUCUCUUGGCAAAUGAUCGAUUUGGUAUCGACCAUGUUCAAUCAUAAGUUUGUGAUUACUUAUUUUAAAUUUAACAAAAUUCUGUCGUUCGUCAUAAUGUCUUAGCUGGUAGAGAUAAUCAGAUGUAGAAUAUUCAUCUUUAAAAGUUUUAUAAAAUUCUAGUUUUUUUGAAUUUUCGAGGCUGUGCCAAAAAAGAUAGAUAUUUCUCUCUCAUUUCUGUGGUAUAUCGUCUAAUUUUAUCAUUAUCUAGAGAUUCAGCAUCUAAACUGGUUAGAUUGUAUUGUUCAAGCAUGUUUAUGAAAUUGGAAAAAUAUCCGGAAUUAUUCAUAGAAUGUAGAUUCUUUGACAUAAGGAAAGACUGUUUGACUAUAGAGUCAUUAUCUUUGUUGUUGAGGUAAACAAAAUAUUUCAUAAUUUUCUGAUUUAUCGGGAUAAGCAGCGGCAGUCUAUCAAGUUCAGCUCUGCAGGCUAUGUUAGAGGCCUUAUUGUUAACCUCUAAGUAACGUUUACAGAAUUUGAGGUGGAUUUUUUCUAUUGGGGAGCUAUCCCAUUUUUUAAAAUCUUGCUUGGUGUACAUUCCCCAUACCUCGCUGUUGUAACUCAAGAUUGGGAAUACCAUGGUGUCAAAAAUUUGGGAUGCAGUAUUAGGAUUAAGUUUGUUAAGAAUUGUCCGCUUCCGAAUACUAGAAAACGCGUGAAGGGCCUUUUCUUUUAAGUGUUCGAGUGCAAGUGUAAAGUUUCCCGUUGCAGUUAAACGUGUACCUAAAUAAGUGUAUUCUUGGACAAUUUCAAUUGACUCACUGCCUAUGUUGAAUUUGAUGUCAAUAGAUUUUUUUGGGCGUUUCUGGAAUAUCAUAAUUUUUGUUUUCUGCGGAUUAAUUUUUAGCUUCCAUUUGUCACAAUACAAAGAAAGCGCAUUUAAACAGUUCUGUAAUCCAGUUUUCGAUCUUGAUAGAAUAACUAAAUCAUCUGCGUAGAAAAGUGAAUUUAUUUUUCUCCCAUUUGGGAGAACAAAUGGGUCAGAUAAGGUGUUUUCGAAUAAAAGUGGUAGAUUGUUUAAAUAGAGGUUAAAUAAAAGAGGACUUAAAAUACAGCCUUGACGUACACCUCUGGAAUAUGAAAAAGGCUGUGUUUUGUUUUCACCGAUUUUGAUGGAACAUGUCGAGUUGCAAUAAAGACUUUUCAUGAGGUUGUACAAGUUUCCUCCUAUAUUCGUUUUUAGCAGCUUAUAAAACAAUCCUUCGUGCCAAACAGAGUCAAACGCUUUGCGGAAAUCUACGAAACAAGCGUAGACUUUUUCCUUGUGAUAAUGCACAUAUUUAUCUAUUAGGGUCCUUAGAGUGAAAACAUGGUCUGCAGUGCGGUUUUCAGGCAAAAAGCCAAUUUGGGAAUUAUGUAAUAUCUUAUUUUCCUCAAAAUACAAGUGAAGUCUUCGAUUUAAAAUAGAACAGAACAAUUUUCCAAGGCAACUAGAAACACAUAUGCCUCUGUAAUUUGUUGGAUCACUCUUGUCACCAGAUUUGUAAAUUGGGGUUAUGAGGCCUUGACACCAAACAUCUGGCAUUUUUCCGGAUUGUAAAAUGAGGUUAAAAAGUUUGACAUAGACAGGCAUUAGUGGUUCGAGGCUUGCUUUGAUCAUUUCAUUUCGUAUUUUGUCAACAAAUGGUGAUUUCUUAUUUUUCAAUUUCUUCUCCGCUUGACGUAUUUCCCUCUCAGUUAUCUCAUAAUCGAGAUGGUUAAACUGUUCCUUUUCGUGUUCUAAAGAAUUUAGUUCCCUAUGGAUUUCAUGUUCAUGCGUGGAAUUCGUCGGGUCAAUAGAAUGCAGAGAUUUGAAAUGGUGAAGCCAUGAUUCUUCCGAGAUUGGGGCAGGAACAUUUUCGUUGAAAGUGUCGCUCAUCGAAUUUAAACAAUUCCAAAAUGACGCCUUGUCAGGAUUUAAAGCUAGUUCGUCGAGUUGUAAUGUUUUUUCUUUAUGGAAUCCUCUCUUCUUUGUGUCUAGGAGCUUUUUGUAAUCAUUCAAGGUUUUGUGAUAUCUUUCUCGCACUUCGAAGUUGAGGGGGUCACGGUGCUUUUCAUUUGAGACUUUUCGUAAUUCAUGCCUUUUCAAACGACAGUCACAGUCAAACCAUUUCUUGUUGGAUGAUUUCUUAAUACGCUUAUAAGUUUUCUUAGCUUUAAUUUUUAGGCAUAGCUUGGAGCUCUCAGUUAGAAUUUUCAUAGCGUUUUCUAAGGAGAUAUUCACAUCUUCGGUGUUUCUCUCCAUAUAUUGUCUAAUUUGAAUUUGGAUUGGUUCCGUGCGCAGUGCGUUUUUGAAUUUUAAAUGUGAGUCAACUUCCCAGCAAAAUUGCCGUGGUAAUUUUGAUAAUCUAUUGCUACUAUUUAGAGUGUGCAUUUCGUCUCCAAUUAACCUGGUGUUAAGAUUGAGCCAUGCCACGAUGGCACUAUGAUCCGAUAAAUAAGAUGGCUGUUUAACAACAAAAUUUGCAACGUUGAGAAAUGUACACUGAUCACAUAUUAGAUAAUCAAUAACGCUCGUUCCGUUUUUUCCAUGAAAAGUGGGUCUGCCUAGGGUAUCUCCAUUAACUCUGCCAUUAACUAUUCUUAGGUCAAAGGUUUUACAAAUUUCCAACAGCCGUUUCCCAUGGCUAUUUAAAACAUUAUCAAAACUGUUUCUUUGAGUUGGCUGGAAAGCAGAUUCCGACUGAUCAUUACUAAUUCUACUGUUUCCCUCCUUUGAGACAGUAUCAGAGUAUUUCCCGUUCUCGAGUUAAAGUCACCCAUGAGAAUUAUUGAUCCUUUCGAAGAAAAAACGUAUUAUGUCUUGUUCUAGCUGAUCAAAAAUUUCGUUAUCGAAGUAUUUUGAGUUACAGGGGGGUAUAUAGACACCACAGACGUAAAUAUUCUUCACUGAAUUUAGAAAACGAUUCUCAAUUUUAAACCAAAUAAAAUGCUGAGUUGUUUUAGUGAUGGAAAUGUUUUUAUGGAAUUUGUUCUUAUAAAAUAAAGCGAUUCCUCCGGAGUUACGCCCACCUCUCCCCGACUGAUUUGGUGUGGGACAUUGAAAAAAAGAUUUGUAUCCCGCAAUUUCCAGAUUAGAGCAGUUGCCAAUUUCUGUUAACAAUAUAAAAUCGGAGUUAUUAAUAACACUCACAAAAUCAGUAUUAUCUAACUUAUUUCCAAGAUAUUUCGAAGAAAGGCCAUUAAUAUUCCAAGCGCAAAAGGACAAUGUGCUUGAAAUAUCGGAACUAUCUUCGGUGUCCGUGAUUGUAUAGAAAAUAAUAAAUGGAUUACUUUUUAUACUGGUAUAAAGUUUAUCAUUAAUACUUAAUUCAGUGUAGUAGAUGUAGUAUCUGUAGUAGCUGUAGUAGGUGUAGUAUUUGUAGUAUCUGUAGUAGGUGUAAUACCCGUAGUAUCUGUAGUAGGUAUAGUAUAUGUAGUAGGUGUAGUAGCUGUAGUAGCUGUGUAGUAUCUGUAGUAUCUGUAGUAGGUGUAGUAGCUGUAGUAGGUAUAGUAGGUGUAGUAGCUGUAGUAUCUGUAGUACGUGUAGUGUCUGUAGUAGCUGUAGUAUGUGUAGUGUCUGUAGUAGGUGUAGUACCUGUAGCAGUUGUAGUACCUGUAGUAUCUGUAGUAGCUGUAGUUGCUGUAGUAGGUGUAGUAUUUGUAGUAUCUGUAGUAGGUGUAGUACCUGUAGCAGGUGUAGUACCUGUAGUAGGUGUAGUAUCUGUAGUUUGUAGGUGUAAUACCCGUAGUAUCUGUAGUAGGUGUAGUAUAUGUAGUAGGUGUAGUAUCUGUAGUAGCUGUGUAGUAUCUGUAGUACCUGUAGUAUCUGUGGUAGGUGUAGUAGCUGUAGUAUCUGUAGCAGUUGUAAUAGUAAUAGUAAUAGUAAUAAAUUGCUUUAUUUGCAUGACCGCAUCACUUUACAGUAUUGCAAAAGCAUGUAUAUGACAAUCAAAAUAAAAACAAAACAGCACUAAUAACAAUCUAGAAAAAUCUGUAGUAUCUGUAGUAUCUGUAGUAGGUGUAGUAGCUGUAGUAUCUGUAGUAUGUGUAGUAUCUGUAGUAUCUGUAGUAGCUGUAGUAGGUGUAGUAGCUGUAGUAGCUGUAGUAUCUGUAGUAGGUGUAGUACCUGUAGCAGGUGUAGUACCUGUAGUAGGUGUAGUAUCUGUAGUUUGUAGGUGUAAUACCCGUAGUAUCUGUAGUAGGUGUAGUAUAUGUAGUAGGUGUAGUAUCUGUAGUAGCUGUGUAGUAUCUGUAGUACCUGUAGUAUCUGUAGUAGGUGUAGUAGCUGUAGUAUCUGUAGCAGUUGUAGUAGCUGUAGUAUCUGUAGUAGGUGUAGUAGCUGUAGUAUCUGUAGUAUGUGUAGUAUCUGUAGUAUCUGUAGUAGCUGUAGUAGGUGUAGUAGCUGUAGUAGCUGUAGUAUCUGUAGUAGCUGUAGUACCUGUAGCAGGUGUAGUACCUGUAGUAGCUGUAGUUGGUGUAGUACCUGUAGCAGGUGUAGUACCUGUAGUAUCUGUA